AUGGUUUUAACCAAGAUGAAGGAAAUCGCCGAGGCAAAUUUCGGAUCAACGGUAAAGGAUGCCGGGGUUACCGUCCCUGCUUACUUCAAUGAUUCUCAGAGGCAGGCGACGAAGGAUGCCGGCACAAUUUUCGGCCUUAUAGUGAUGCGAAUCAUCAAUGAACCGACGGCUACGGCCAUUGCCUACGGUCUUGACAACAAGGGCAGCGGCAAUGGGGAGAAGAACGUGCUGAUUUUUUACCUCGGAGGCGGUACGUUCAACGAGUCGUUGCUCAGCAUUGAAGAAGGUAUCUUUGAGGAGUUUAAGAGAAAGAACCAGAAGGAUACUUCGGGGAACCCGAGGUCACCCAGGAGAUUGAGGACAGCUUGUGAAAGAGCAAAGAGGACUCUGUCAUCCACUGCUCAAACCACAAUUGAAAUCGAUUCUCUUUACGAAGGUAUUGAUUUUUACACCAGUAUUACUCGGGCGAGAUUUGUUCCUCGUGUUGCUGCCACCUGCAAUCUCUGUGUGCUCUGUGUUGCUGCUGGCUUUGUUUCAAUGACAACCGUGCAAGAGGAACGUCUUCGAUCUAUUUCUUCGGCUCCAUCGGCGGAACCGGUUGCUGAUGCUUUGAGCUUUGCUAUUCAGUCUUCUCGGCUGCCAUCUCGGUCUCGGGUUCCUGAUAAACCUGAGACUUCAAAGGUCAAUUCGUUAGUGAUUUUCUCCCAUUGUAACAAGCCAGGUCAUCUUGUGUCUAGUUGUUUCGACCUGAUCGGCUAUCCUGAGUGGUGGGGGAUGAACCGUGUUGGUUUGGGUCGGUCUGUGGGGCGGUCUUCUUCUGGCCGUGGUCGUAGCAAUCGGGUUGCUUCUGGUUUUGGCGCUCCAGGUUCAAUUAGUGCCGGUUCGAGUGGGGGUGGUCGCGGCUCCACUCAGGGUCGCGGUUCUGGAGCUGCUUCCACACAAGUCUACGAGGGCGAAAGAAGUAGAACAAGUGCCAACAAUUUGCUUGGCAAAUUUGAACUCUCUGGCAUUCCUCCAGCUCCUAGAGGAAGGCUGACAAAGGAAGAAAUUGAGAAUCUGGUGAAGGAAGCUGAAAAGUACAAAGCUGAAGAUGAAGAGCAUAUGAAGAAAGUUGUAGCCAAGAAUACUCUUGAGAAUUAUGCAUAUAACAUGAGGAGCACCAUUAAGGAAGAGAAGAUCAGUUCCAAGAUCGGUGAAGAGGACAAGAAGAAAAUUGAGGAUACCAAUGAAUCGGUUAUUCAAUGGUUGGAGAGAAAUCAGCUUGCGGAGGCUGAGGAAUUUGAUGACAAGUUGAAAGAGCUGGAGAGUAUCUGUAAUCCCAUCAUUACUCGAAUGUACACAGGUGAUGACGGCCCGGAGAUUCCCUCGGCCGGCGGCCGGAGUGGCGGUUAUGGUGGUGCAGAUCCUAUUAUUGAGGAAGUUGAUUAA